AUGAGUUUUGACGCCGAGACCGCCGACAACUUGGAGGACAUCGAAAAGCAGUUUGCCGUGAAGGCAGUGAUGCAAGCGGAAACCUACUUUUCACUUUUGGAGAAGAUUCCUGGAUCCAAACUAAAACUCACACAACACGACGAUGACAUUUACGAACAGUUUCUUGAAGCAUUUCCCGAGUACAGCACUCCAGAAUCCGUGGCUGUGAUCAACGAGGAAGACAUGAAGAGCAAGAGCGGUAAGGAGAGAUGGAGAGCCUUUUGUGAAAAGUUUAAUGAGAUUGAAGACUACAACUUUGGAACUCUUUUGAGAACCAAAGCCAGUAGUGAGUACGACCAGGAAGGCACAAUUUUCGUGGUCAGAAUCCAGUUUUAUGCCAUAGAGAUUGCAAGAAACAGAGCGGGAUUGAACGACUGGAUCAAGAAGUAG